AUGAGCUCGCGUCGCGAAUUACGGGAUCCGGGCGCUCCUCCUCUCCGGCGAUCACCCCGAAAGCGCUUUAACGAAGAUUCUUCUCGACGAGGAGAUCGGUCUCGCAGCUAUCGAUAUCGUACUCCUCCUAGAAGUAGAGGCAGAAAAGAGCCUGAAAACAAAGAGGAAAAUUGCCUGAUAGAAAAGACGAACCAUGAAGCCGAAAAAACUUAUUUAGACAAGAAACUCGAAGAGUAUUCGAUCAAAACGGACCCAGACGUGAAAGAAAAGACCGAUAUCUUUUCGGACAAAUUCGACGCCAUGGCGUUUAUUUACAGCGACGUGGAUCCACCGCACUUUGAUGGGCAGGCGCGCGCUGCCGAUUGCGUCGAAAUGCUCCUCGCCAAAUGGGAUCGGGAAGACGGACUUGUGAUAGAUGAAAACGUCGGAAAGAAGAAGAGAGGAUGGAAGAAGGAGGAGAGGAAGAUUGCCAUCAAGAACAGAGAUGUGACAAAGCUGAGAGAGAUGUCAAACGAAGCAAUAAAAGCGAAGCAAAAACAAAAAUUCGAAAAUCAAAAUCGACAAGAAACCGAAGAAUAUUCUUCGGACACCGAUGAAGUCGACUUGGAUAAACUUGCUUGGAGCAUGACUGGAAAAAAUCUUCCGAAGCAAAGAUGGGAGGAACUCGGGUUUGGGAGCGAUGUUGAUGGUGACGACGAUUUGUUUGUUGGCUUAUGCGGUUUCUGUUGUGAACGCGAUGUCGGCCGCAACGUCAGAAUGAACAGACCGCAAGUUGUAUCAUCUCAUCAUGAGAUUCUCAUGCAUUUUGAAUACUCGAUUCUGUUUAUAACACAUCAAUACAGACUGCUGUCCUAUAAAUACUGA